AUGAGAAGAGGUGUGCUCGGUGGGACCUACAAGAGGCGUGCUCGGUGGGCCCUACAAAAGGCGUGCUCGGUGGGACCUACAAGAGGCGUGCUCGGUGGGACCUACAAGAGGCGCGCUCGGUGGGACCUACAAGAGUCCUCCACAGUUACUCAGAGCAGUGAACUAAUGGGCAUUGUUGAUGGCCUGUACAUAGUCAGUCAGGAGGAUUUAGAUGGAGGUUUUCCUAAUGGAAACUACUUGAGAUUCGGACGCAGCAACUACGACGACUAUGACAACAAUGGCAACGAGGAACUCACUAAUUCGGUUGAGAAACGAAGUCGCAACUUUCUACGUUUCGGUCGCGAUUCUUCACGCAAUUUCCUGAGGUUCGGUCAUGAUCCUUCACGCAAUUUCUUGAGGUUCGGUCGUGAUCCUUCACGCAAUUUCCUGAGGUUCGGCCGUGAUCCUUCACGCAAUUUCUUGAGGUUCGGCCGUGAUCCUUCACGAAAUUUCCUGAGGUUCGGCCGUGAUCCUUCACGCAAUUUCUUGAGGUUCGGACGCUCCGUCAUCUGUCAGCUCAGUUCCCAACCACAAGAUGGCUGCGGUGUGAAAUCCAAAUUCCUGGAAAACAUAUCUGAACAAGUGCAGCAAAACCCAUCAUCGUCCAACAACAUUAAUUCCUUAGAAUCAGGGAAGAUAACUUCUCAGCGCUGGAAGAGAGCUGUUCCAGGUGUAUAUUACAGCCCCUCCGCCUGGGCCAGAAAUAUCCGUCCAGAAGAUGAAAUGAUUAACGAAUUCUCUUCUGAGGAUACAAAGGACGUAAACAAACGUGGGUAUAACCGAGGCUUUUUGCGCUUCGGCCGCAACCACAACUUUCUGAGAUUCGGCAAACGUGAUGGAUUUGUCGAACACCCAGCAUCAUCCUCUGAAACCAGCGAGUCAGUGCUGGAUAAUAGACCUGUGAGAGCGCCGACCAGAAAUUUUAUUAGGUUCGGUUGAAAUGGAAGAUGAGACCUGAUUCCACACUAAUCUAUGACAGUUAAUUAGUGACAAUUGACAUU